AUGGCGACCUGCGAUGACAAUAUCGCCAUUACUGAGAUUGCAGGAUUGUACCUACAGGCGCUCGCCCUAGUGAAUGUAUUGAAAUCGACCUUACAAGGGCUGCCUAGCGUUAUGUGUGCCGUUAAUAUUCCUUUGAAGAAAAUUAAACGAAAUUUGAACGAACUUUUUGGAACUAAUCAGCCUAGUAAUAAUGAUAUACCCAUAGCAGAUGUAACACCAAUGGAACUAGAAGAAGAUCAAUCGGCUCAAAAUCGAAAAUUGAAUAGCAUGAUUGAGAGUUUCCGCUGUGAGACUUCCAUGCUUGUUGAUUGCAGUCUACCCGUCGUGUACUACACGACCAGGACACAUAAGCAGUUGGAGCAAGUUGUCAAGGAAUUCCGCAGGACAGUGUACUGCGGAAAAGCGCUGAUGACGAUUCUGUCGAGUAGAGAUAAUUCGUGUCUGCUGAGCUUAGAUAGAAGUCGCUGGUCUUCUAAGAACGAUAUGUGUAGAGACUGUACUAAGUCAUCAAAAUUAUCAAAAGAAUCCGAAGCAUCAAACCAACCCGGAGUAUCAAACAAACCCAGUAUAUCAAACCGGCUCACCAAUUGCGAGUACUUCGACAACCGAAGGAAACUGAAUCAUAGAACGCUACCUCCCGCUUUCGACCUGAAUGAUCUCAUACACAAUGGUAACAGAUUAACAGCGUGUCCAUAUUACGCAGCUAGAGAUAUGAUGAAGAAAGCCAACGUAGUCUUCUGCCCCUACAACUAUCUAGUCGAUCCUACAAUUAGGAACAGUCUGCAAAUAACUUUAAAAAAUAAUAUAGUGAUAAUUGACGAGGGGCACAACAUCGAGGACAUGUGCCGUAGUACGGCUACGUUCAACUUCACUAAGAAAGAAUUGCAAAGUGCUAUAAAGGAACUUAAUAUCGUCUCUUCAUACCUAUUCGCAAACCAAAACCUGAUGCCGCGCAUUGAACGACUUCAAAAGUAUUUGAAUAACUGGGAAAAAUGGUUUGAUGAUGAAACAAAAAAAAUGUCCAUUACCGGAACUGUAUCGCUAAAAACAUGGGAAAUAGAAGAAUUUGUGCAAUCAUUGAACAAUUGCAAUAUCGGGAUCGACAGUUACCAUGACUUCAACAGAAACGUUUCCGAGUUUUGCCAGAGACUACGAGAAAAUCCACGUAGCUUAGUAGGAGUAACGCAAGCAACUGGUAACUUUCUUGAGUCACUUGACACUGUGCUUGGUAAGUAGAAAUUGUAAACUAUAUAAUCGCUCCAUAACGUAUUUAUUGUAAAUUCAGGAAGUAAUUCUAAAAACUAGUUUUCCCUUUUUUCACAA